GUAAAACCUCUGAAAACGAAACAAAGGAGGCUCUUAAGUGUUCUUAAAAACUGCUUCAAACACGUUCUUAUAUCUGGACCCACUGCUUUAUCUAAAUGAGGCAGAAAUCUUUUUGGCAGGAGAUUGAACCUCAUGUGAGCUUUUAUAGACCAUCCAUUCAUCCAUUCUCUUCCGCUUAUCCAACUCAGGUCAGGGUCGCAGGGUCGCUCGAGCCUGUCCCAGCUUCCAUAGGGUGAGAAGCAGGGUACACUCUGCACAGGUUGCCAGCCUAACACAUAAAAACAGCAUCUGGUAUUCCCGUGCGGUAUCCCAUCCAUGUGCUGUCCAGGCCCGACGCUGCUUAAUAUUCAGGAUAAGCUAUAAGCCAUAGCACCCCGUUGCCUCACAGCAGGAAGGUCCUGAGUUUGGUUAAUAAAAAAAAUCCCCAAAUGCAAUACUUGAUCUGAAUAUUAAAAUUUUAACAUUAAAGUAGAAUUAUAGAUGAAAGGUGGCAAAAAUAUUUUUCCUUGAAGAAUAUCAAAUAAAUCAGAAUAAAAGUAUGUAACCACAGACUGUCUUUGAAAUUGGACUUGAAUGGUACAAUAAUAUGGUUACUUCCGGCGCCCCUCUUGUGUGGCAGCCUGUUACAGGAGCUCUGCUCAUUUCUGAGCCCUUUCCUAUUUUCCUCCUUUAAUACUAAAGUAAAUUUAAGAAUACACUAUGCCUACAGCAUACCAAAAGCUCUUGCCACUUGGGAGAUAUCUUGAAAGAUCGGGCAGUUACUUAAUCUUUUACUUAUGGCCCGAUAUAGAGAGCGGGAACUCCAUUUCCCAGAAUCCUCGGUAGGCGUGUCAAACAGAGCAAAUACAGCGACAAUAAAAGCAGGUCAGAACAUCAUCGAUUAGAGAGAUGAGCGACCCGCAGAGAUCUCAGAGGAAUGUACGUUUAAUUAUAAGUUUUGUUUCAUGCCGAGACUCUGGUGGAGUCAUUAAGCUGACUCCGUUUAUCUUUACCGACAAAAAGUGCGGACACGGACAAAACAAAGCUACGAAGACUCACUGACAGCCUGUCAAUAUGGCAAUUAAACGACCUAAAGUUGCUAUUGGAUUCAUAGUGGCAGGUGUGCUGAUGGUGCUUUUCGGCACAAUUAUGUGUUUUGUGGUGCCAUUAGUCAUCGACGACCAAAUAGUAAAGCACACAGUAAUUGAUCCAAAGAAUGAUCUCACAUACACCAUGUGGAAAGACAUCCCUGUGCCGUUCUUUAUGUCAGUCUACUUCUUCAAUGUCCUCAAUCCUGCUGAGAUACUGAAAGGAGAAAAGCCGAUGGUGGAACAGAGAGGACCUUAUGUUUACAGAAAGCAGUGUCAGAAGGAAAACAUUACAUUCCAUCCCAACGGUACAGUGUCCUACAGGGAAUACAGACAGUACCACUUCGAGCCCUCCAUGUCUGCUGGGAACGAGUCUGAUGUUGUCACAAUUCCAAACAUGUUGGUGUUGGGUGCAUCAGUGAUGAUGGAAAACUUGCCCUAUGUACUGCGCCUCAUGAUGAGUGCAACCUUUAAAACUUUUAAAGAAGGUCCCUUCCUGACCAAGCCUGUAGGGGAGCUUAUGUGGGGUUAUGACAGUGGACUGGUGGAUUUUCUAAAUCAAUACCUGCCAGGAAUGAUUCCCACAUCAGGAAAAUUCGGCCUCUUUUCAGAAUUCAACAACUCCAACACUGGCCUGUUCACAGUCUUUACUGGAAAAGAUGACAUUAGAAAAGUCCACAGAGUCGACUCUUGGAAUGGUCUGACCGAGCUGCCAUACUGGAGGACUGCUCAGUCUAACAUGAUCAAUGGAACAGCUGGGCAGAUGUGGCCUCCUUUCAUGACGAAAGAGAGCACUUUGCCUUUCUACAGCCCUGACGCGUGCAGGUCUAUGGAGCUGGUUUAUCAGCGUCCUGGAGAGAUGAAGGGGAUCCCUCUAUAUCGAUAUGUUGCACCCAAGACCCUUUUUGCCAAUGGGACGGAUUAUGCUCCCAAUGAAGGCUUCUGCCCCUGUAGACAGUCUGGACUCCUCAAUGUUAGCAGUUGCCGCCACAACUCUCCAGUCUUCAUCUCUCAUCCUCACUUCUUUAAUGCUGAUCCUGUGCUGCUGGACUACGUGCAGGGUCUUAAUCCCAGUGAGGAGAAGCACGGCCUCUUCAUAGACAUUCACCCACAAACGGGUGUCCCUCUGAAUGUGUCCAUCCGCCUGCAGCUCAACCUCUACAUGAAAAAAGUCUCAGGAAUUACUGAAACUGGAAAGAUUUCUGAUGUGGUGAUGCCUAUGAUCUGGUUUGAGGAGAACGGAUAUAUUGAUGGCCCAAUCGUCAAUACGUUCCGUACAAACUUGGUGGUUCUACCUACUGUUUUGGAAUACCUACAGUACAUCCUCAUAGGGCUUGGUCUGGCAACCAUCAUCAUCGCUGCUGUAGUGUAUCGCAAAGUGAAGCGGUCUAACUUAAAUGUUUCACUGAGCUCCACAUUUAUCAAGAAUGUUGGGGCAGCCGAGAAAGAGCCAGUAAAAGGCUCACAUGGCCUUGAAACAAAGAAGAAAAGUAUCAGUACUUCAGAGUAAUCAACCUGACCACAGCAACCUAUCGGAUGGAAUCAAAUGUAGUUCAGCUGAAGAGAGGGACUCUCUGCUACAAGAUGACAUGAACUGAAUGAUGCGCAAAUAAGCCCAUCCAGCUGUUGUUGUGGACUUACCAGCAUCCUCCAAGUAUAAUUUAACUGAAACACUGUCACAAGUGGUUUUGCAAUUGUGUGUAUUUAUAUACAUAUUAAGAAGUAAAGCAAUAAUGUAAUCUUUUCAUAUAGAAUAAGAUUUAUGGAACUCUAUAACUCAGUAUGUGUUUAUGUUCUGGCUGCAUGAGUUGAAACUGUUUUGUCUCUCAAGGCAGAACAAGAGAAGAUUUGGAAACCACCUUUUUUUUUCCCCCUUUAGUUCAAAUCUUCCAAAACAAAUAGGCUAUUCUUUCCAGUUGCCAGUCUAAACCCAUUGAGCCUGUUAUGAUGAUCAUCACAUUUGAAAUGGAACAAUUUAUAAUUUCAUAAUUUUAUGCUUCAGCAGUAAUUACUGUGGUGAUUAUUUAUAUGGUAACUUGAAAGAAAUGUUUUGGUGAGUUAAAAAAACAAAACAAAAUAGAACCAUCCAACAUAAUGGUCUUACCUGUGCCAUGAAAGCAUUUAUCUACAUUAAUUUUUACAUGCACUGAGGAUUAUAGAGAGAUGUUGGAACUACUUGUCGAGGCUCAAGCUGUCAAACGUCUGACCACCUGUGAGUCAAGCAGAGCCGAUGCACUCCUGUUUCUGUAUCGCUGUAUUCUGUAAAGCUGUAUUUCUUGAAAUGUAUGAGGAUAAUGCAGUUUGGUGCAAAGCACCUUCUUAAAAAAAGUUAAUAAAUUAAAAGAAACAUGGCA